AUGACAGCAGAAGGCAGAGAAAUUUCUGAGACUGGAUGUGAGGGUGACGGCUUUCUGGCAGCUCCAGUGUAUCCUAUCAAUCAUCCUGUCCAAGAAGAUCUUGGGGUUUCCAGGGAAGUGCCACAUGUGACCCAAGAUUCCUCCUAUGACUUCCCAGAGGAUGGUGGAACCAAUGUAGAGAGCAGCCCCCAAGAAGAAGCAAAGCCAAUGAAGGCACAGGUCCCCGAGCCUCUACCCUCAAAGCCUGCUCCAGGGAAAGGCCCUGCAGGUGAUGAGCCUGAGCCUUCUUCGGCAGCUCUUCGACAGGUAGUGGCUGAACGCACCGCAGAGAUGGAGCUGGAAAAGGUUCGAAUGGAAUUUGAACUGACCAGACUGAAGUACCUACAUGAAGAGAAUGAGCGUCAGCGACAACAUGAGGAAGUGAUGGAACAACUGCACCGACAGGCACCACCCCAACUGUUCCCAGGAGGAUUCCAAGACCUUCUGCUCCCUCAGAACCAGUUCGCCAUGUUCCUGUACUGCUUCAUCUUUAUUCACAUCAUCUACAUAACCAAGGAGAUGGUUUUCUUCCUCUUCACCAAGCAUUACCUCUUCUGCAUUGCUGCCAUUCUACUCUGUUUGAUUAAAACCUUAUGGUCUUAUGUCCAUGUGCCCCCCUGCUCUACCUACAUGGCGGUCUACCAUGGAAACUUAACUACCACGUAG